GCGUUACAGAACGUACCCACCCAAACUAUCGUUUCGUUUGCUAAUGGGUGCCCGGUGAGAGUGGGAGAGGCUCUAUCGUCUGAUACAAGCCGAUUUUAUGAGAAACGGAGGAAUAUGUCAAGCUUGAAAAUUGUAUGAUUUAACUUGUUGGCGUGUGGUAUGAUGCAAGCGGUUGAUGCAGUGGCUUGCUGAGGUUGAUGUGGCAGGCGCAUGGCGCACCCACCUGCACCCAGCAGUGCGUCGUGCUAUGCAUCGUGCCUAUCUGCGUGCCACUCCUUGUGCCACGCUCACUGCCUAGCCCACGCUAAUCUCGUCUACAAAAAGAUCUUGUACGAGCGACCCCCUCAACACAUGGCUGCAAUGCGUUCGCAUGGGAAAGCCAGCCAAGAUGAUGUGUGCUACGUUGUUGCAAAGUAUGACUACACUGCUCAAGGUGCGCAGGAGCUGGAUCUUCGCAAAAACGAACGUUAUGUGCUGCUUGAUGACUCAAAACACUGGUGGCGCGUCCAGAAUGCAAGAAGUCAAGCAGGCUAUGUCCCAAGCAAUUAUGUUAAGAAAGAUAAACCUUCUUUAUUUGACAGCAUCAAAAAGAAGGUUAAAAAGGGAUCUGGUUCAAAAACACUUCCCUCUGGAAACUCUCCAUCUAGAGCUAUGGAAUCUCCAACAAUGGCACGGCGCUUACCUGCAGACCCAUCUGAAGCAAUCGGCACUGCAAUUGUGAAGUACAACUAUCAAGCUCAGCAACCAGAUGAAUUAUCACUAGUCAAGGGUACUCGUAUCCUGAUCUUAGAAAAGAGCAAUGAUGGUUGGUGGAGAGGCCAGAGUGGUGGUCAGGCUGGUUGGUUCCCUUCCAACUACACCCAGGCUGAGUGUGAUGCAGAUGACACUCUACAUACUUAUGCUAUGGCAGAGAAUGUCCUUGAUAUAGUAGUUGCGUUGUAUUCAUUCAACUCAACAAAUGACCAAGAAUUGUCAUUUGAGAAGGGCGACCGUUUGGAAAUUCUGGAUCGCCCUCCAUCAGACCCAGAGUGGUACAAGGCUAGGAAUGGUCAGGGGCAAAUAGGACUGGUGCCACGUAAUUACCUUCAGGAAUUGAGUGAGUACCUUACCCAACCUUACCAAAACCGUAUUGGUGGAGGAGUGGAAUCAAUAGAUCGUCGUCAGAAUAGCAACAACACUGCACCCCGUACUCUUGAAAGACCACACUUGCUGGGCAAGCCAUGGUACUAUGGAAGUGUUACUCGGGCGCAAUGUGACACUUUAUUGAACCAACAAGGUCAUGACGGUGACUUCCUUAUACGGGACAGUGAAACAAAUAUGGGUGAUUAUUCAGUGUCACUCAAGGCCCCUGGCAGGAAUAAGCAUUUUCGAGUUCAUGUGGAAGGUGCACUCUAUUGCAUUGGUCAACGCAAAUUCCACACUCUGGAACAGCUUGUUGACCAUUAUCAACGUGCCCCUAUCUACACUAAUAAGCAAGGAGAAAAGCUUUACCUUGUGCGCCCCCUACCUCGACCAGCUCAGACGUAAAUACUUUCUGUAUGUGUGUGUUGUGACUGUUAGCCCCUGUGGGCCUGUAUGGCAGUCUGGUGUUAAUCCGAUUGCUCUACAACUUUGGAAUUUUGUAUGAAUGUUUUUUAACUUACCAUUUUUUAACAAAAAUUAGCCAAUAGACUAAGAAUUCAGUCCAAUCAAACUAAAUGCAGAAUGCAUUUUAAAUAAAUUAGGAACAAUUUAUUAUUGACUUAUGCAGUUGUAGGAGUGAAGUCUUGCAUGUUGUGUGCUUGACUUCUGACCAUUUUAGUUUAUGAUUAACUAUAUUUCCUGUAUCAAUAUUCUUGUGUAAGUAAAGCAAUGUAUUGAUUUGUUUAAAUGGAGUACUACACAAGCUUAGUUAAAUUCAUUCUGUGUUGAAUUUGAACAAGAACCUAAAUGUCAUUGGUUAUGUUCAGGAAAUCUUAUAGGACUUAAAUAUUUUGUAGUUGGUGGAAGAGGCUGUUGACGGUUGUUCACUUUAUUUCAGACCUACAUCUAGCUUCUUAUGUUGAACAUCUUUUUUAAAUCUCAAUAGCUCUCCUCACUGCCAAGAUAUAAUAAUUCCCAGAGGAGUAGCAUGGGUGUGCAUGCUAAACAUGAUAUUAGCCAUCCUGGAUAAAUUGUUGGUUUUGUUUUUUGUUUUGCUUGCAAUGUAAACCCACUUUCUCCUUCGCAGAGUCAGGGUUAAGUAAUUUGAUCAAACCCUGCAAACAUAUUAUGUGCACAAGAUUUUCAUUUUGGAAGUUUUAACUGAUAAAACUUAACUAAGCAUAUAUGAUCGCUUUUAAAAUGCAUUACACUCUAAUUGCAACUCUCUUUUUUUGUGCAUUUUGAUUUUUUCUUUAGUUUUGUUCUGAACUUCAGGAAGUGUGUCUUAUUGGAUAUUCUGUGUGUGUUUGUGUGAAUUUUCUUUUUCUUUGUGACAAAAAGAUGUUCAAAGAUGUGCUGAAGGAGUGUUUCUAUGCACAGAAGGCCCCUGCUAUCGUAGAGUGGCUUUUGUAAUAAAAAGCAAAAUUUAUCCCUUUUUCUUUUGUGUUAUCUAAGAGACAAAGGAAACAUACUCUAUCUGAAGUCUGAGCAUUUUGUUUUGAUUUUCUCUCUACAAUUUGAUAAAUAAUUUUUGUCUUUUAAACAAUAAAUUUUGACAGUUUUCCCGGUUGUAGACUGAUUGUAGACUGAUAAUACAAUACACGUUCAAAUUGUAAUUAGUUUUUGUUUAUAUCUUUGUAUAGAAUAUUUAUUUCACAUAAUGAUUCAAAGUUGGCUUUGUAGUUUAAGUUGACUAUAUGGUGCAUACAAUUCUGCUCCUUGUUAUUCUUUGCUUUGUUUUAUUUUUCUUACUGUCCAUUUUAUGAAUCUCUUUGUGCCGCUUAAGUGAUGUGAUACCUAUAUCUCUUUCUGGGACUGUUCAAUACAGUGAUGAAGCAUGAUAUGAAUUUGGAUUGAUUUUAUCCUGUUACAUCACAUGCACUUAAAUAAAACUCUAAGAUCAAUUUCUUGCAGUAACCAAUUGUAAUAUUUCUAUGGAUCAAGACUUGAAUAGCUCUGCAUUCAGCUUAGUAACACGCUUUUUGGCGGGUUUUAUAAUAUUGAAUAAGUUUAUUGCCAUGUAUUUAACCAAGUGAACUUGAAUAGUACAAGCUUUACGUCCUUUGUGGUCUAGGAUAACCAGAAAUAUUGUUUCUUCUGUGCAAGCCCUGCCACUUUUUACUGACAAAAAAAAAUUUUGCUGGAAAAGCUCUUAAUUAUGGUGUUUUUCAAAACCACUUUAGUACUUGAUAUUUGCUUUGUGUAGAUGUCUAAUUUUAAAGAAACAGAGUAAUGUUUGUUGUCUGUGUUUUGGAAGUUUUAGUGUGUUCUUUCCUUAUAUUGAAAUGACUGAUUUUGUGCUAGUAUGGUUUACAUCACAGUUCUUUAUUGAUGCUGUGUAUUCCAAAAUUAUUUGAAUUGGUGCUUUGUGCUUCUUUUAAGAACUAGUCAGAAGAAAAAAUUAACAGGUUGAAUGAAUGGAAGGCAGUUAUGACUAUUUGCAGCAUCCGGCUUGACCCUCUUCUUUUCCCAUCAUUCAUUUCGUCAUGUUUUCCUGAACAUUGAAUCUAAUUGAGCUCUGCUGGUUGUAACACGCGUUAGUAACUUGAGAUCUGGUUCUUGUAAGGUAAUCAGACCCAGAGAUAAGAGUACACUCUUUACUGAUACUGUAUUGUAAAUCCUAAAUUGCAGAAUCACUGUAAAUAUGUAAGUCUCCAGGGCAACUUGUUUAAGGAGGCACCUAGUCACUCACCAUCGAUAUUUGAAGAAAAUCCUUCAUUUUAUAGGGGGACAUGGGGCUUUUUUAUAG